AUGGCGGACAUUGCUAGUGCUGUAUCUUUUGCCUCAAGCAAACGCUGUGAAACAGAGAGGAAGGUAAAAAAAUCAAAAGCUAGGAAAAAGAAGAAGGUACCGAAGAAGCCAGUGGUGGAGAUCAAUUCAAGAAAAGACCGAAGAAUUAUAAAUGAAUACCAUGCUUUGAACAAGAAAAUCGACUCUCUACGGAGGAAUACCUCAAUUCAAAUGAAAGACAGGUCAAUUCAAAUUGCGAAUCUCGAAGCGAAGAAAGAAAAGCUUGGUGGUAUAAAUGCUUACCAAAAGGCAUCGAAACUUGGAGAGGCUCGUCAUGGGAGUUUUAACUCAGCAAAAUGGAUACUGAAGCAGAUAAGAGAUUUUGAUGUUUGUAAAGUAAACUCUCUCACAACUAAAGCCACAGAGGCAAAAAUAAGGUUACUUGAUGUUGGUGCUCUUGACAAUAACUAUAGAAAGCACCAAAAAUGGAUUCAGUGUACAUCUAUUGAUUUAAAUCCGCGGAGUGACGCUGUUGUGAAGGCAGAUUUUCUUAAACUUGAAGGCAACAAACUGUAUGAUGUUGUUGUCUUAAGUUUGGUGAUCAACUUUGAAGGUGACGUACGUAGACGAGGGCAGAUGCUUCGAAAAUGUCAACAGCUCAUAGUGGACCAAGGAUAUCUGUUUAUUGUUCUCCCUCUUCCUUGUUUGAACAAUUCAAGAUACUUAAAUGACGAUCUUUUUGUAUCUAUGAUGGAAAGUCUUGGGUUUAAAGCAUGUGCCCGCCAUAAGAGCAGAAAAUUGAGUUUCUUCAUGUUCAGAAAAACUGGCCAUGCUAAGGUCAAAUCAUUCCCAAAGAAGGUCUUACGGAAAGGUGGAAACCAUAACAACUUUGCAAUUAUAUUGUGA